GCCGUCUCUGGUGGGCGGGGCUUCCCGGCGGGCGGCCAAGAUGGCGGAGCUGGACCUGCUGGGCUCCAUCCUGAGCUCCAUGGAGCCGCCGCCGGCGCUGGGCGACCGGGAGGCCAAGCGGGCCAAGGAGCAAACAGCACAGCUGAAGAAGCUUCAAGAGCAAGAGAAGAGGCAGAAAGUCGAGUUCAGGAAGCGGAUGGAGAAGGAGGUCUCCGAUUUCAUCCAAGAUAGCAGCCAGACCAAGAAGAAGUUCCGGCCCAUGAACAAGAUUGAGCGCAGUAUUCUGCACGACGUGGUGGAAGUCGCAGGCCUCACCUCCUUCUCCUUUGGUGACGAGGAGGAGUCCCGAUACGUCAUGAUUUUCAAGAAGGAAUUCGCCCCCUCGGACGAAGAGCUGGACGCCUACCGCCGGGGGGAGGAGUGGGACCCCCAGCAGGCCGAGGAGAAACGCCGGCUGAAGGAACUGGCUCAGCGGCAGGCGGAAGAGGAAGCCCUGAAAGGCCCCACGGUGGUGAACCCCAACACUGACUACAAGGACAAGUACAGCCACCUGAUUGGGAAGGUGGCUGCCAAGGACGCCGCGCACACCAUGGAGGCCAACAAGGCCUACGGCUGCGUUCCCGUCGCCAACAAGAGAGACACACGCUCCAUCGAGGAGGCCAUGAACGAGAUCCGGGCCAAGAAGCAGCGCCUCCGCCAGACUGAGGACGAGGGCCCCGCUCCGCCCGCCAGCAGCUCGUAGGGAUCGGGGCCGCCGGCAGCGGCCGGGCUUGCUCCCCGCCGGGUGAUUUCAGGGACUCGCCUCCGGAGCUGCUGCUGCUACUUCUGUGGAACCCACCUGGGGGCUCCCCAGAGCAGAUUAGGAGGGGGACCCCCACAAAACAUCCCUCCCCCUCCUCCCUAGGUGUACCCCAGCCCUUUUGAGUAGUUGACCCCUAGCCUAGGGUGCCGUUAGCGUGCCGGCGGGCGAGGAGGAGGAGGAGGGUUUGUGAAAGUUUUUAUCUUCUGCGUGUGAGAAAAGGGGCUGAGACGAUUGUAGCAAGGUGGGAGGGUGUUAAGAGAAUAAAUAAUAUAUCCCCCCCAAAAAAACACACACACACACACCACAAUUCCCUUUUUGUGUGCUGUUCAGACCUCCACAACUGAAGUUGCCCCUUUUAAUCCUGUAGUGUGGUUCCCCCCCCCCUUGCACUGAAGCCUCCCACCCUUACCUCUCCCCCCCCAUCUUAAAACUCCCCUCCACCCCAAUUUUUAUUACCACUGUAGUACCACUCUCAUCCACCAGAGAGGGCAUCCCUCUGAGCUGCAGUACGCCCUGCAUCCCACCAGGGGGAGCAACCAAGUUGCAGUGCCACGGCCAACUGGAAGACUUUAACGGGGUGCAGGACAGCAGGAGCCCCCUUUACCCCACUGUGGGGUGGGAGGGCAAAGGGGCCCGUUUGCCCCCGUGUGCGCAUUGCGGGGAGGGGUCCUUGCUGCAUUUAACAAGAAGGUCCCUUCCGUCUUUGGGGUGUCGAGGCCGAAGCAUAACUGUCUUCCCUUUGGAUCUUCUCCCAACGUUCCCUGCCAGCUCUGGAGUUUUUAUUCAGUGUGUAAAUAUUUAAGAAAUUCUGUUUGCCUGCCUUCCCGCUAUGGGGAGCCAAUGCCCCCAUUGCACACCCCACCCCCUGCUCCCACGGGUCACAGGCUCCCAAGGGGGCCUGGCCGUGUGGAUGCGGGAGCCGGGGAGACGCCAUCGGUGGUGUUUGGGCAGAGGGCUGUAUAUGUGUGUGGACAACAUUAAACGCUUGUUUUGGACGCUG